AUGGCCCCGCGCGCGGGACAGCCGGAGCCAAGGGGGCCUCUGCUACAGGGGCUGCUGCUCGUGGCCGCGGCACUGAGCCAGCCCGCUGCGCCCUGUCCCUUCCAGUGCUACUGCUUCGGUGGCCCCAAGCUGCUGUUGCGCUGCGCGUCGGGCGCCGAGCUCCGGCAGCCGCCGCGGGACGUGCCGCCCGACGCGCGCAACCUCACCAUCGUGGGCGCCAACCUGACGGUGCUGCGCGCUGCCGCCUUCGCCGGCGGGGACGCGGACGGGGAGGAGGUGGCGGCAGGCGGCGUGCGCCUGCCGUUACUGACCGCUCUGCGCCUCACGCACAACAACAUCGAGGUAGUGGAAGACGGCGCCUUCGACGGGUUGCCUAGUCUGGCGGCGCUCGACCUGAGCCACAACCCGCUGCGCGCCCUGGGCGCCGGCGCUUUCCGCGGGCUGCCGACGCUACACUCGCUGCAGCUCAACCACGCGCUGGCGCGGGGCGGCCCCGCGCUGCUGGCCGCGCUGGACGCCGCGCUCGUCCCUCUGGACGAGCUGCGCCUCCUGGGCCUCGCGGACAACGGACUGAGCCGCCUGCCGUCUGCCGCGCUGCGCCUGCCGCACCUCGAGCAGCUGGACGCGCGCCGCAACAAACUGGCCGGCCUGGGCCCCGACGACCUGCGCGCACUCGAGCGCGAUGGCGGCCUGCCGGUGCCGCGCCUGCUGCUUGCCGACAACCCCCUGCGCUGCGGCUGCGCCGCGCGCCCCCUGCUGGCCUGGCUUCAUAACGCCACGGAGCGCGUCCCCGACGCGCGGCGCCUGCGAUGCACUGCCCCGAGGCCCCUGCACGACAGGCCUUUCGUGGACCUGGACGAGGCGCAGCUGCAUUGCGCGGAACGCGGCGCCGAAGGUCGUGGGGAAGAAGUAGAACUCACCGGACCGGAGCUGGAAGCUUCCUAUGUCUUCUUCGGGCUGGUGCUGGCGCUCAUCGGCCUCAUCUUCUUAAUGGUGCUCUACCUAAACCGCCGCGGCAUCCAGCGCUGGAUGCGCAACUUGCGUGAGGCCUGCCGGGACCAGAUGGAGGGCUACCACUACCGCUACGAACAGGAUGCCGACCCGCGCCGUGCGCCUGCCCCAGCCGCUCCCACCGGCUCCCGCGCCACUUCCCCGAGCUCGGGCCUCUGA